UGCAGAGGCGCGUGCUGAAGGCGAACCAAAUAGCGGCGAACACCGUUCGAAUGUACCACCAAGCAGUUCGAUUGAAUGUGAUUCAUGAGUCAGGCGCCGACUACUGAUCGGAAAACGUCUGUUUAUAUUUGUCUUGUGUGUGACCGAACAGCGAGAAAAAAAGAAAAGAAGAAGACAUUGCAACACAUAUCAUCAUCAUCGGCUGCUUUCUUGACACAAAUUCUUGUGCACCCGAAAAAUUGUUUCUUCGUUUUUUUUUUCUGUAAAUUCAUUCAGCGAAAACUGUUUUUUUUUUCUGUUCAUGUGUACGUAUUUGUGUUUUUGAUUUGAUUAUAAAAUAAAAACAACAAAACAUUCGUGUAGUUAAAAAAAAGAGUAAUAUUUUGUCGAUUGAAAUGAUGGGAAAAUCAAAGCGAGUGUUGAAUUUGUGAACAAAAUUCUCAAUUCAUUUGAAAAUUGAGAAUGUGUGUUGAAACCGAUAAUCAGACGAAGCAACAAAAAAAAUAUUACCAACCGAAAGAAAAAAAAACCGACCGAAUAAUCAUGAAAACCACCACCGAAGUAGUUUGUAUUUGAUUAUAACCAGAAAUGACGAAGAUUAAACGAGAGAGAUAUCAAAAGAGUAUUGUUGUCAUUCCAUCGCACACGAUAAUUUUCCCAUUUGUGAUUUAUGUUUGCUUAACUGAAUUAAGAAAAUAAAUCCGUUGAGAUUAAGCAAAAAUUUAAGCAGCUGUUUUGAUGUGUGAGGCCUUGGCUGUGCUCGAUAUUUUCGGAGUUAGUGUGUGACAUACGAAACGAACGCGAAAUAAUACAACAUACAUACAGAAAAUAAAACAAGUAGUAGCUAACCGCAACAAGUAACAAACGCGGUGACGGCAAAUUGAAAGAGAAAAAAAAGUGUUACACAGACGUGAAUUGACAAUGAAAUUUCGCGCAUUUCGAAUAUGAUCUGAAUAGCUUCGUUCCCAAAACUGUCGAUUGAAAACUCAACAUAUUUUAUUAUCAUUUUGUACGAAAAAAGAGAUAGAUGUCGAUGUGUGCGUUACGAAUCACAUUAAUCGAGCACCGUUCCAAAGAAAACGAAGAGAAAACUAAACGACAAUAAUAAUCGAAGAGACGAAACGUAAAAAAAGAGACGUAGAGAAAGAAAAAUAGAAUUCAAUACAUUUGGUUUAUCGAAUGGAAAAGUAUCAUAGUGUUUGGCAUAAAAUACGACACCAAUUUCAAUUCAAUAAAUCCAUGAUUGAUAGAAUUGUGAUGUAGCCAAAACAAAUGUAUGUUUUCUGUUGUUUUUCUCGUCUUUUUUGCGCUGAAAUCUUUGUAAAUCGCGCGUCACUAGAAGAAAACCGUCCAUUUUGCGAGAAAAAAAAAUGUUACUUAAAUGCUGUGUAUCUUUGAUUAUGUGAUCACAUAUGCGCGCAUCGAUAUAUUCGCGACUAGAUUUUCGGAAUAUAUAUAUAUAUAUAUACCUUGGUGACGUGACAUUCUCUCCAUCGGCUUUUUAAAAUAGUGUCGGUUAUUUUUCUGACACAUCAAAUGUUAAAUCUCACGACAGCCAUCGACAAAACGAAACAGAAAAAAAUAAAUUUAUCAAAGAAACACAAACAGUUUUUCAAUGGGAAUAUGUUUAAUGGACUUAAAUAUCGGUGUGAUGUUAUCACAAUGAAUAGUGUGCAUCAUUCGUUUAGUGAUUGAAUCAUAUGUUGAAAAAAAAAAAAGAAAAAAAAGAAACACACAAAGCUGAUUAUUGUCGUAGUGAAUCAUUAUCGUCAGCCUAACUUGUUCAAAAUAAAUUGCCCUUUGGGAAUAGUUCAACACAUCGUACACGAUAAAAUACAAUAUUUUUUUUCUUCUUCUCUAUAUGUUGCAUGGUUCAGGUACGUAUCAAGACAAAGAGAAACCAUAAUCCAUUUCCUGCCCGUUCAGGUGAAUUGUGCACUUUUGCUUCAAGACGCGGUAUGGAGUGUAUGCCAUUGAGAACAUCAUCGGGAGCAUAUCAUUAUCACGUGAACGAUCAAACAAAAUCUCUACAGGAACUACAGAAUGAAGUGGGCGCAUUGUUGGAAUUCAGAGAUCUGGUUAUCGAAACCUUCCCCGAUCUCAAGAAUAAAAUGGCUUCAAUAUCAGCGUCCAGUACCGGUGUGCCGUCAGCGUCAUCGCUGGCUUCAAGCAGACGUGAAUGGGAGCCAGGUAUACGUGUUCGACGUAAACUAACCCACAAAGAGACAUCCGAUAUUCACAAUUCGUCUUCGUUAACGCGAAGCCGAAGUAAUUCACAUAGUGGUAAAAAGGAACCAAAGAGUGGCGAAGGUAACAAUGCUAGUGUUAUACAAGAUUCGGGAUUUUCCACCGAAACCAGUUCAUCGAAGGAGACGCAUAGUGCGACAUCGACAAAUGGUGCGGGCGCAACGACUGCCAUCGGCGGCAGUAAUUCGGCGUCCGGUUUCCAGCGUGUAUCAUCGCACGAGGCCGAAGACGAACUAUGGAAUUUAUUAGAUGUGAUACACAGAAAAAGUACGCGGCUACGAGACGAAAUGGAGCAUUUGCGGUUAAUGGAAGGUGACGACAAAAGUCCACUUUCACAUCAUCACCAUCAUCACCAUGAUCAAUAUAUGGCCGGUGCGCAUGAAUCGAGCAAUCGACACCUGUCGGACAUGUUUCAAUUGGAACUGAAUCGAAUCAAUGGUGAGGAUAUGGCAACGUUGCGAAAGGAUCGCGAUCGUUUGCUUGACAAAUUGGCCGAAAUGGAAGCGGAGGUAGUGGCCGGCCGGAUACGAACAAAUCAAAUGGAAGAUGAUGUGAAUGCAUUAAACUUAGUCAAACUUGAUCUGGAGGAACAAUUACGAACUGCACUUAGUCAAAAACUAGAGCUAACUACCCGAUUGCAUGAUCUGCUAUCCGAUCGAAAUGACAUUCCAGCGAGCAGUUAUGCGGAUUUGCCGAAGGCUCGCCAACGCUCAUCGAUGGCUGUACGGAAACUUUCGUCGCCGGAUACAUCAACGUAUCAUCAUUCGAAUGUGUUGGGAAAUAAGAUUAGUAGCAAUAGUAGUGCCGUUACAAAUAAUACAUUUUCAGCAGUCAUUGUUAAGUCAUCCGCAUCAUCGCAAUUACCAAAUUCAAAACAAGACAGUGAUACGAACACCCAACUGUUGUUUGGCGAUACAAUCGCGCAGCCGCCAAACAAUAGCAACAACAAACAACAAGAAUACACAUUGGGCCGUUUGGAUGGUUUGGUCAGUUCGCCCAAUCGAUGUAGUAAAGUGCGUGUGGCCGAUUCCAGGAAGAUAGCUGCCAUAUUAUUAGAAACAAAUAUUGUCGAAUUGCAACGACAUUUAUUGACAAUUACAGUUCAAAAUCAGGCUCUUACACAGAGAUUAGAACAAGCAACUAAGUCGAAAAUAUACCUAAUCAAAAAGUUAGAUAAGGCGAAAGAGGAAAUUGAUGACCUAAAAUUUCAGUUGGAAGAGCGGAAUAUUGAAUUAGAGGGUACGAAAGCACAACUCCGGGUACUGGCAUCGAAAUCAACAAAAUCGGAGUACGGUCAAGAGGCGACAUUUGGUUCGCCCGUGAUUAUGAGUCAGGUGUCAACGCCUAGCAUGAAGGCAAUGACACCGUUGGCCUUAGACGAACUACAAAACAAUAGCAGCAGCACGGAGUCGGCGCAUGAUAAUGCGGAACGAGACAGUAGUGUACGCGGUACACCAUCAAAGUAUCGUCCAUCAAAAAUCCCAUUGCCGGGUUCAAAAAGUUAUUUAGCACCAAAACCACCGACUGGUCGCAAUUUUGUUAAUUCACGCAGUCCAUCCGGGCCGCCGUCAAAUAAGAGUCUCAACAAAAGCACCAGCAGUCUAAACAGUCGCUAUGAUAUGUCAACAACAUCCAUGCAAAAGUCCAGCCCGAGUGCGUCAACAUCACCGAAUCUAUAUCGGCCCGAGUCGGCACAAAGCCUACGCAAGGAUAUGUCAUUGAACAAUACGAAUCGGAAUAGUUCAUCGAUACCGGUUUCAACGCCAAAAGCGUCACCAACACGAUCAAGUCCAGCCAAAAAUUCGCCCGUACCAAAAACCAAACGCGAAUCACUCACCUCCAAAGUACGACACAUGGAUUCAUUGUCUCGUAUGCACGCCUCACCAUCACAUUCAACCACAUCGGUCACCCCAACGAUGCCACAAUCGCCAAUUCAUACCACCAAUACCGCCACCAUCGUCGGCACUCCCACUCAUCAUCACAAUAACAGUAGCAAUAGUUCCAUAUACAAAUCCAAUUCGAAAAAAGAUCUGAGCUCGAGCUUCUCCAUUGGACAAUCACGUGAUAGAAAGCAACAAAAUUCCACCAACAAUUCACCCGUACGACGUGUCAGUAGCAAUAGUUUUGGUAGCAAAGGCAUCGAUUUAUCGAAUACCGCCGAACCCGUCGAAAAGGUCGAUGAUAUAAAUGGCCAAUCGGUCGAUGAAUCACCAAACAAUCCGGACCUAAUCCGAGAGUAUUUAAUGCGAACCAGAGAACCUCCAGCAAUAUUUCAACCAUCCGCUAUGAUGACGUACAAUCCAUUGAAAGCGUUGCAGCAGAAAUUUGUGAAUAUGGCCUAUAAGCAUCCACAAUUAUUGAUCGGCGAGAAAGACGAGUGUGAAAAAGUCGAUUCAGAGACCGAUGAACACGAGAUUGUAGACAAUUACAACAACGAUCAAAACAAAUGCCCACCAUUCAAAUUGAGUCUGUUCAAUGGCAAUGGUCACAGCGAAAAUUCAACGGCAGCGGCAACAGCAGCCUCAAACUCCAAUGCAGACUGUCGACUCAUUGGCAAUGUCAAACCAAAUCUAAUCAAAACAUGGGAACAACUGAACAGUGCAAUGACCUCGCAAUCGGAUGUAAUAAGUGGAUAUGCAAAGGAGAGAAACAACAGAGCGAAUGCCGCACGACACGAACACAUGAAUCCGAUGAUUUAUUUGAGCAACAAUCAUAUCUUAUUCGAUCAGAAAAUGCCUACCACAUCGAAGCAAAACGAAAGUUUUGUCAUCAAACGACCUGCAUCACAGUCCGGCCAUUUCUACGAUAGUAUAGAUAACGAAUCGGUUGUGACACAAGACGAUGACGAUCAAAUGAUUGCAUCAUUGUGCGAUGAAAUGGAGCAUGGUGGCGAAGCCAUGGCCGAAUACAUUUCAUUGAUUGAGAAAAAGGAAAAACUAUGCUGGUCCAUCGACAGUUGUAACUGAAACAUACAACUGCGGCCAGGCCUUCUUCAAACGAACGAUUCUGAAAUCGAAUUGAUUUUACAUGAACUGUAACGCACACAUACGACACUUUUACACGGCUGUUUUUUUAAGAGAAAAAAAGUAAAUUUAGUAACAUAAAUGAUAUUAGUUGUUUGGUUGGGAUGACACAGCUCGUUUUGUUCGAUUUCGUUUGUAAGAUAAAAUGAUAAUUCAAUUUAAUUGUCUGAUAAAUGAUUAAGAUGUUUAAUUGAUUCGACUGACUGGAGACAGGUUUGCAGCCUGAGAAAGACACACGAAUAAUGCACUGGUUAAGACAGACAACCACCCAAAUUGUUCUAUAGAUUUUUGGUGCACCACGGAAUCGUUUGUCAAUCAUAUGUUUUGUAUAUAGUUAUGACAUUCCAAAAUUAAUCGAGCAAAAAAAAAACAGCCUACAGUUUUCGAUUGCUGACAAGUCAAGCAAUUGUAGCACUAUCCGAUAUUAUCUAUUUUGAGAAGCAGUUAUUUUCAGUAUAUUUUAAUUAUCAUUUCAAUUAUUUAUUGUUUAUUUAUCCAUUGGUUUCAAACCAAACCCAUUUAUUGUUUUAAAAAACACAAGCAUUUACGAAUGGUCUUAAUCUAUCUGAAAUGUAUUGGGUCAAAAGGAUUUCUGUGCCAAUUAAAAAUGGGCAUCAGGUCAUUCACGCUUUGCUGUUGCAAUAAAAGUCUAAACAAGGAAGAUUGGUUAAAAGCAAUGUCUGAAUGUGAAAAGAAAAAAUUCUUCUCAGCAAAUAGCAUGAGAAAAAAUAUUCAAGAUUGAUUUCUUCAAAUUUAAACAAUUUGAAUCACAUUCACAUAUUUGUCGAAAUUUCUCUUGAAAAUUCUGCAGAGUCAAAGUGUGCUGAAAUCAAUUGGUUCUUUUUUGAUGACGUCGAUUCCUAUUAUUGGAAACAGAUGAUUGAAUUUUAGAACAAAAUCUCGAAAUGCAGAAUUAGAACUUGUGAGAUCAAACAUCUGUUAAAUGGAAUAAUUUUUACAGAAAAAUCAGUAAAGUAAACACAUUUUUAGUUCAAAUAUCCAAAUUCAAAGUGCUUAUUUAUUAAAUCCAGAGAGAAAUAAAACGAAUUAAGAAAGAAAUUACAA